AUGAAACGACACGAUUCACAUUCAACGGAGCAUCUUUCGAAAAAAACCAAGCUAGAUUGCUCCUCCCAAUCUCUAAUACACUUGACCAAUGAAAUACUGGCCAAUAUUUUCCUUUUUUUGGAUCCAAUCACCGAUUUACUGCCAAAUGUUAUGGCUGUGUGUGAAAAGUUUUUUGAAAUUUUGGGUGGGAAGGGAACAUUGGACACUAAACACAUAAUUUAUGAAAAGAUUAUUCUCAAAAGUAGGAUGAAAUUGCAUAGGGAUCGUUUUGACAAGGCAUACUUUGUUAGAUUGGUUGAUUUUGUGUCUAGAGCUGCUUGUGUGAACGCAUGUAAAGUAUUAAAAUUGGGUAAUAAUUAUGAUGGGGAUGAAGGAUUGAGUUUAGUGUUGACAAUUGAUUUUUUCAAAAAAUCAAAAGAAACUGGAUGCUUUAAUGGUUUGAAAAAGUUAUCCUUGUUCAAUAUAUCCAUAUUCAAGCAAAUGAGCCAAAAAAACAUCAAAAUAUUGAAAGAAUGGGUUUCAAGUUUGUCAAAUUUGGAAGAAUUACAUCUAAAUAAUCUCAUUCCACAAGAUGUGAUGAAUGCUAUUCUUAUUGAAUGUAAGAAUUUAAAACAUUUGACAUGCGUUAGUGGCAAUUUGGCAAUUAAUGAUGAUAUGGGACCAUUUGCUCUGGAAUCAUUGGAUAUUUCCACUUCUGAUGAUAAUGACAUCAACUAUUCAUUCUUUACCAGAACACCUCACCUAAAGAAGCUUGCAAUUGGUUUUAACUAUUGUUUUCCCAAUACAUUAUUCUUGAAUAUUAGAGAUUAUUGUAGAGAAUUGACAGAGUUUUCAUAUGGUGAAAGAGAUAUGAAUGAAACUGGGAAUUUACAAAUCAUGAUGCAAAUGAAUCAAUUGGAAAAAGUCUGUAUUAAUACUCAGGAAUUGGAUCUGGACAUUAUUAGGCACAUUGUAAACACCUUCAAGUUGAAAAUGUUUCCAAUUUCACUUGGUUCUGAAGGAGAUUUUAGUGAUAUUUUGGAGGUAUUGGAGGAAACAUUGGAACUCGUUGAUGACUCCUACGUAUUGUACCAAGCCAAACCUGAGACAAAUUUUCUCCAAAAAUGUAAAAAGUUCAAACAAGCAAGAAGAUUUCUGACAUUUGGUGAGACAUUGGAGAAUAAUCAUGUCACCAUAGGAGAUCUAUUCGAAGAAUUACCUCUUCUUAAUGAAUUAUUGUUAACUCUUUCUAUUGAAAAUAUAAGAGAGCAAUCAUUGAAAGGAGCCAACCAAGCAUUCAAACUCAUUCAUGGAAAGGAAGGAAUUGUGAAUGAAUUGUUCAAUGACACCACAUUCUACACCAAGAUUGAAACUCAAAGUAGAGGCUCACUUAAAUUAAGAGUACGAAUAGUUGAUUUUGAAAACAUGGAUUAUGAACAAGAUGAACAAGAUGCAAUAUUCAAGAUUUCACUUGUUAAAUAG